AGCGAGCGAAAAGAUGAAUUUACGAAAUCUAUAAAUUCUUGAGCCGGGCGAAAUGAAAAUGUUUAUUUGAUUUGGUUCCGUUUCAUUUCCGAUCAUAACUAUAAGCCUUGCUACCAGUUUUCGUAAUCACUCUCAGUUGCACGGUGCUCAUAGAUCCAGCGCCAGCAGAUUCAAUUUGACACUGGAAACACUCCCUCAUCUCAAAGAUAAAGUGAAAAGAUGGUUGUCCUUGCUGCAUCCAUUGUGAGCAAAUCUGGAAAAGUGCUAGUUUCUAGACAGUUUGUGGACAUGUCUCGUAUCAGAAUUGAGGGUCUUCUAGCAGCAUUUCCCAAAUUGGUAGGCACCGGAAAGCAGCACACAUUUUUUGAGACGGAGAACGUACGCUAUGUUUACCAGCCAAUAGAAGCACUCUAUCUACUUAUUAUAACAAACAAAAGUAGCAACAUACUGGAAGAUUUGUCAACUCUCAGACUCCUCUCCAGACUUGUGCCUGAAUAUUCUUACUCCCUCGAUGAAGAGGGUAUUUGCGAACAUGCAUUUGAGUUGAUUUUUGCAUUUGAUGAAGUCAUCUCUCUUGGGCACAAGGAAAAUGUGACUGUUGCACAAGUUAAGCACUACUGUGAGAUGGAGAGUCAUGAAGAAAAACUGCACAAACUAGUUAUGCAGAGCAAAAUCAAUGAAACUAAGGAUGUUAUGAAGCGGAAAGCUAGUGAGAUUGAUAAAAGCAAGGUUGAAAAGAACAAAGGAGAGAAAGGGGGAUUUGGUCCCUCACAGGCACUAGGCUCUGGAAAAAUUGAAAAUAGCCUUAGUGAUUUGAGCAUAUCUAGCAGCGGAACUGCUUUUGGAAGUGGCUCUGGUCUCGGAUUUAGUUCUGAUGUUGAUUCCUUUCCUACCAAGUCUAAAGGUCGUCCUACAUCAUCUGCUACUGCUCCACCAAAAGGUCUUGGAAUGAAGCUUGGUAAAUCCCAAAAGACAAAACAGUUUUUGGAAUCAUUGAAAGCAGAAGGUGAGGUCUUUCUUGAAGAUGUUCAACCAAAACCUGGCCUGUCUCAGGCAGCUGCCCCACCACCUACGGAUCCCAUCACUUUAACUGUUGAAGAAAAACUAAAUGUGACACUAAAACGAGACGGUGGAAUCGGUAAUUUUGAUGUUCAAGGCACAAUGUCCCUCCAAAUUCUCAGCAAAGAGGAUGGACACAUUCAAGUUCAGGUCCAGACUGGUGACAAUCAAGCCAUCAUUUUCAAGACACACCCCAACAUGAAUAAAGAUUUAUUUUCCAAUGAAAAUAUACUAGGCCUAAAGGAUCCCAAUAGACCUUUCCCCACUGGUCAAACUGGUGGUUCUGAAGGUGUGGGUCUUUUAAAGUGGAGAAUGCAAAGCACUGAUGAAUCAAUGGUACCGCUGACAAUCAACUGCUGGCCCUCUACUUCUGGAAACAAUACUUAUGUCAGCAUCGAGUAUGAGGCUUCCUCAAUGUUUGAUUUGCGGGAUGUUAUGAUUUCAGUACCUCUUCCAUCUCUUCGGGAAGCACCAUCUGUUAACCAGAUUGAUGGGGAAUGGAGGUAUGAUUCCAGGAAUUCCCUUUUAGAGUGGACUAUCCUUAUGAUUGAUAAUUCAAACCGCAGUGGAUCAAUGGAAUUUGUUGUUCCGCAAGCUGAUCCAUCAGCAUUCUUCCCCAUUUACAUUCAUUUUACAGCAACAGAUACAUUUAGCAAACUGAAGGUCACCAACACCAUACCGCUAAAGGGUGGUAAUCCUCCAAAGUUUUUUCAGAGGACACAGUUGAUCACAGAAAACUACAUGGUUGUGUGAUUCAUCUUCUCCAUCUUGAGGUUGAGCCAUGACAGUUUUGCUUUUACCUUUGCUAUUCUUUUACCAAAGGGUUUUCCUUCACCACGUUGCAUCAUUUCUUAAAUUCGAGUCACAAUCAAAUAUAGGAUUUUGUACUGUUAUAAUUAAAAAUAUUAUCUCCAAUUUUAAGUAAUAAUAUUUAUGAGAAAAAAAUAAAUCGAACUAAUUUAAUAAA